GUCACACACACACAACCAGCCGAAGAAGAAGAAAAACUUCCCAGUGCAUGUGUAGUGCUGCACAUGGGGAGCCACAGGCGUCACUUUAUACGCGUUAUAAUGCGCUUAUGUAGUGAUGAGUGACUGAAUGAUGAGCUUUAACGUCUCAGAGACACAAACUUUUCCCGUUACACCGCGCGCUCGCUCGCUCACUCACUGAGUCCUCUUGACCCACGAGCGCAUCCUGAAGAGGAAAAUGACGGCGUGUAUGAGCAGUGGAAGCCAGGUGUCAUGUGAUCUCUGGGAGCACGUGAUCGCCCCCCGGAGGAGCCAGGAUGCCUGUGCAGGCGGCGCAGUGGACAGAGUUCCUGUCCUGCCCCAUCUGCCUGAACGAGUUCAACGCUGGUGGACACAAACCCAUCAGCCUGGGCUGCUCCCACACCGUGUGUAAGACGUGUCUCCACAAACUACACCGUAAAGCAUGUCCUUUUGACCAGACCUCCAUCAGCAUCGACAUCGAGCUGCUGCCAGUUAAUCGUGCCCUGCUGCUGCUGUUGGGGGCGCAGGUUCCUGAAAGCCAGAGUGUGUUUCUGGGCAGCACUGAAGACGCACAGCAUUAUGAAAUAUGCAGGACGUGUGUGGAGGAAUUGGCACUUUACCUCAAACCCAUCACUGGGGGAAAAGGCGUGGUGUCUCAGAUUGGGAGUGCGCUCAGUCGGCCCAUGCAGAGGAAGCUGGUGACGCUGGUGAACUGCCAGCUGGUGGAGGAGGAGGGCCGGGUGAGGGCGCUGCGGGCGGCUCGCUCUCUGGGAGAACGUACCAUCACCGAGCUCAUCCUGCAGCACCAGAACCCUCAGCAGCUCUCCGCCAACCUGUGGGCCGCCGUCAGGGCGCGUGGGUGUCAGUUCCUCGGACCUGCGAUGCAGGAGGACGCCCUGAAGCUUGUCCUGCUGGCUCUCGAGGACGGCUCGGCCCUCUCUCGCAAGGUUCUGGUGCUCUUUGUGGUGCAGAAGCUGGAAGCUCGGUUCCCUCAAGCCUCCAAGACGAGCAUCGGUCACGUGGUGCAGCUUCUGUACCGCGCCUCCUGCUUUAAGGUGACGAAGCGUGACGAAGACUCCUCACUGAUGCAGCUGAAGGAGGAGUUUCGCACCUACGAGGCUCUGAGACGUGAACACGAUGCUCAGAUUGUCCAUAUCGCCAUGGAGGCGGGGCUACGCAUCUCUCCCGAGCAGUGGUCCUCUCUGCUGUACGGAGACCUCGCCCACAAGUCACACAUGCAGUCCAUCAUAGACAAGCUUCAGUCCCCAGAAUCCUUUGUGAAGAGCGUUCAGGAGCUGACGAUCGUCCUGCAGAGAACCGGAGACCCGGCAAACCUCAACAUCCUCCGAGCUCCGCUAGAACUUCUGGCUGGAAUUGACCAGAACCUGGACUCAGCCGUCCCCUCGUGGGAGGAGCUCCAGUCAGUGAUGUUGGCGGCGAAGCUGGUGGUCCACGGGCUCGUUGAAUUCAUUCAGAAUUUUAGCAAAAAGAGCCACGAGACCUUUCCUUCUCAGCCCAAUAGUAAAUACAAGACCAGCAUGUGCAGAGACCUGCGGCAGCAAGGAACCUGCCCACGAGGUAUCAACUGCACCUUCGCCCACACCCAGGACGAGCUGGAGAAGUACCGAAUGAGGAACAAGAAGGUCAGUUCAGGAACCAGACCGUCUCUCCUGUCCAAAACGGGAGGCGUGAAAUCCUCAGGUGUAGACGUGUGUAUCUCUGAGCAGGAGGGCGUGGCCUCCGAGAGCUCCUCCCCCACUCACCUCGUGCCCAGAGGAGGAGAGCAGGAGCAGGAGGAGGUGAUGAUGAAGGAGCUGGCUGAUGGAUUCAGAGCUACCAACCAAGACCUGAAAACAGGUUCUCCUCCUAAGAGCCCAGUGUCAGGAGGUUCUGCAGACCCCUCAGUGCUCCUCAAAUCUUCUAGUCUACCACAGAGAGCUCACCACGAGGUCCCCUACUUUCCUGAGCAGAGAUCUGCGUACGACUUGCCGUCCUGCCCGUCUGGUAAUUAUUUCCCUGCUCCUGUGUCAAACUCUCACAAACAUUACUUACCUCGCUUCCCUCGCUCAAGCCCCGCCUCCGACUCAUCGGCCACGCCUCCUCUGGCUCCGCCCUACCCUGACCAGCACCUCCAAUCUCGUUUGGGUCUGUCUCCAUAUCCCGCCUCUCACUCUUACCCGCCCCUCCCUCACACUCACCCCCACGGUCACGGCGUCUACGCUCCCGUCUACGACAGCCGACGUCUCUGGCGGCCUCAGCUGUACCACAGACAGGACGGCCGGAGCAACUCCCUCCCUCUGGAGGUGCUGCACUCGUCCAUCUAUCAUCCCCCUCUCCGUGAACGCUUCAACUCUCUCGACAGCGCCUACUGCAGCGCCUCCAACAGGAGAGCCGCCCUGCACAGGGAGGCGUGUGGCCGAGCUGCUUUGGGCUCUGAGGAUUUCUACACUCUCCGGCAGGAUCAGUGGUCACAUCAACACCACGGCUCAGGCCGAGUGGCACAGCAGUCCCCCGUCUUUACUGUGGAUCUCUGCUCUGAGCGCGUGGACAGUGGGGUGUGUGUGAGCUGUAAAUGUGGAGGUGCAGACACGCCGCUCGGUCGUUACUCGCCGUGGUCAUGUGGCGCCGUCGGGCCGUUCGACUCUGAACCUCUUUAUUCUCACACCUGUUCCCAACACAUGGACGGUGAGUGUACAGCUAAACGCUGGCUGCAGGUCUCAGAGCCGUACAGACGUGUGAAGGACGAGGACCCCAUCAUCCCGUUCGGAGAAGGUCCCAUCAUCUCAAAGUGGGGAGCAAUUUCCCGCUCAUCUCGCACAGACCAUCACACCACUGAGCCUGUGCAGGCCACAGCGACACACGGACGCACAGCCACCACCACGCUCAUCAACUUCAGAGAUUACAACUCUCAUGCCACACCGGGCGAGUGCCAGUGGAGUCUGUGUGGGUUUGAGUCGACUCGCUCGGGGUUCCUAGGAAGUGAGCAGAGACGCAGCUCCUUCAGCACCGCCGGGAAACACCGAGCCGAGUUCCUGGUUGGAGACGGAACAGAGAGCGACCCGAACCGGGACAUUGAGCUGGAGCUUUGUGCUCUACACGUGGACGACUUGGAACCAGCAGGGAUCCAGUCAGAGGUAUCUUUGGAGCCUCGGUGUGAACAUCACCUCUCGGGUGUGUUCGGCGAUGCGGGCGGAAGCUCACGGACAGCACAGUCGUUACCUGAGCACAUGGACGCACAUUUACUGAAGAAGAUGGCCUUUAGGAAGUCCCUCUCCCCCGGGGGCCUGAACGCUGGAGGUCUCACCGCGGGGAGUCUGGUGAUGAAGACGGGUUCACCGAGACAUCCAGGAGACUCCACCGGACCGAACCCUGGACCUGAGAUGAUUCUGAAUGGGAGCUAAAAAAAAAAAAAAAAAGUCAUGUCUCUUGGCACUGAUCCACGUCUAUUUUUUUAUAUUAUAAAGCCUUUGCUUCCCAAAUUUAAUUCCAAAUAUCUGAUAAUCGUACGUCAACCCUCCUUUUUCUUUUUUUUUUUUUUUUCCUCCUUCUCUCUCUCUCCCUUCCUAAAGACUCAAAUUUAAAAAGAAUAUGCAUUAGGCUUUUUAUAUUUCUGCGGAUUGCGUCCACACGUCAUCUCAGGUUCACCGGGCUGCCGAUCGGAUUCCUCCGACUACACUUCCACUGAUGAUGAUGAUGAAGGUGUUGAUGAGUUUGUUCUACUGCACUUCCUGUCUGUAGGUUUCUGUGUUUCUGCUACACGUUUACAGUGAGUGAGAGAGAGAAGCCUGGUGCUCAGUGAAGUCUGUACAGCUCCUACGUCCUGCUGCAGACCGAAUGACUCGGCUACAUGCCUGAAAACCUGAGGGGGGUCUUUUAGGUUUAUGUUUUUUUAAUGAAUUGAAUGUGCAAAUGCCUAUGAAGUGAUAUAAGGUCUCUCUCUUUCCUCCUGUCUCUCUCUCUCUCUCUCUCUCUCUGCCUUGACUCGUGUCCUAAACGCAUCGACGUUCGUCUCAUGCUGUCCCAUAACCUGAGACGCUAAAAAAAAGGGGCAUGUUUUAUGCUUUUAGGACCUUUUUUUUUCCCCUUCACUUUUCUCAAUUCCAGACAAGAAGAAAUGAAUUUCUCAGAGGAAUCAGCGUCAGCUUGAUAUAAACGCUAUGUUUUGCAGCCUGUUAAACGUAUCGCAUUGAACGAUACGACGCACGCCGUCGUAUCAGCCGCACCGAAUACAGCACCGUAUAUAAACCUUAAAAAUACUUCGGUUAAUGAUCUUUAGCUGAAAUGCUGAUAGCUUGAUAGAUAAUCGUCAGGGAAUGCAGGACGUGUAGUGGGCGGGGCUUGUUCUGUAUCUGCUCACUAUGCGUUCUGUCCGGUUCUCUCACGCUGGUGGUGUUCGACAGUCCGUCUCUGUAACGAUCUGACUUUCGCAUCAUGAGAUCGCUCUGAGCUUGGAAUCGGUUUGUCCGGGAAACUUCAGCUAGACAAAUUAGACAAAUAUAUAUAUAUAUAUACAUGUAAUAUAUAGUGUUCUAGUGGACACACAGAAGUAAUAAACCAGGUCACGCUGCUCGACCGUGCUUCAGCUUGGUGUCCAGCGCUACUUUCGCGGGGGGAGGGGGGGGGAGGGGAGUAGAGUAAACACCCCUGUCCGAUCCUCAUGUUUGAAUGCGACAUCGCUGCUAACUUCCGUGAAGUUGUGUGCCGAAGUAUUUUGUAUCAGGAAUCUCUCUUUUUUUUUUUUUUCCUUUUGUUUUGGUCACUGGAAUUAAACCGAACCUCCGGCUCUGUAUUUCCUGUUUAAGCUGGAGGUCGAUGGAGCGCUGGGUGAUGAGCAGAUCUCCUGAAACGGGUCGUCGGCAUCGUCUUCUGCAGUCUCGUGCACUGAACCGUUUUUCUUUCUCGCCGUCCUUCACUCGGACGACGGCGAGAUCGGGGCACUUUGUGUUACGCCGCGUUAAAGUUAACGUCUCCUAUUUAUAAUAGGGUCGGUUUCGAGUUAAUGUAAUGUGGAUGCAGGAAUGCGGUAGGGCUUUUUGCCUAAUAUACUGCCACCUUUUUUUGUUAGACUUUACACCGGUUUUAAGGUAACUGGUGUCCCAGUGUUGAAUUUUAAUGCCUGUGUGCGUGUUUUAUUAAAAUAUAUUUAACCUCGUUUCUCUUCUUAUUUUGGCCAAGAUUUAAUAUCUAGACUUUAACGUGUUAAGCUCUAGAUAGUUGUCCGUGUUGCACGACUGAAAACACUUCAGUACAAUAGUGUGUGCAACAACAAUUAAAGUAUAUAUAUAAAAAAACGGAUGCGGGCGAAUAUUUGUACAGCAGCUGUAGCUGCAUUUUUAAUUUUUUUAGACACUUUUUUUUUUUUUUUUUUAAGCUAUAAAAUAAUGUAUGGUUUGUUAGAGAUCAGGCAAGAUGAUUACUAUUAUGAUUUUUUUUCCUGGUUUCACUGCUACAGACUGGGUUUUAUUGGAUUUGUUACAGCUUCUAAUAUUCAGCCUUCUCUAAUCUCAGCAUGAGGUUUUUUUUAUUGUUGGAUUUAUUCAGCGUAGGUUUCUGUUUAUCCUCUUACUGUGAUUUGUGAUGGAUCGGCUCAGCUCUGAGUCUCACCUGCACGCUGCUUUUAUAUCAAUAGUGUGUGUGUGUGUGUGUGUGUGUGUGUGUGCGAGAUCUUCCUCCCUGUGCUGGUACUGUUAUAUACUGGAUAUUAAAUCAGUUUAUCACAAUUCUGAACAAGUCCAGAGAGGAUUAAAUAACAUAAAUAACCCAGAACCACUCAGUUCAUCCCAAGACAUUACUGACGGUUAUAAAUAAUAAUAGACGACUCCAUAAAUUGUGUGUAAAGUUUAAUCUUUAUUCGGUUAUGUUUUAAGAGAUGAUGGUAGGAUCUAUAUCACGAAAAACGUGAAUUUAUUUCCCAUAUGUUGAGUUUAUGGCUCGUUCUUUUAAAAGUAAACCACAGUCGUGAUCAAUAGACUUUUGGCUGCUUUCAAGCUGGUCUUGUGUUAUCGGUUCCCGUAGAGCCGGAAACGUAAACGCGAUCGUUUUUAUUCGGUAGAUUAGUGUUCUAUAAGGCAAGCAUGUGAUCAUUUCCCCCUUCAUCGCAAGCCUCUCUGGACCUUUUGCACGUACAAUAGUUUACUUCUGAGGAUCGCUGGUCGUGAUCGUGUGCGUUCUCACCGGGCGUGUAAAUUUAUACGUCCCUGACAGCAGCUAAUGUUGAAUAUUUUUACGUCUGUAUUAGACAUUUCCUUUGCAAAUCUAUUGUUCGAUUUAACUGUAAAUGAAAUAAAAGAUGGUACGCAUCCAUCAGUUUAUACAGACGCUGCCAUCAUAUAGAUGGAGUUUUACUGCAGUUUUAUGAUCAGCUAUAUUUAAAUACAUAGAUAUUUAUCAGACAUUCUUAAAAAGAAGUUAUCUUUUGGUAGAAAAUAAACUGUAUUUUGAUGCACUGAACAGAUUCGCUGUUUCGUAUCUUUGCUGUUUGUGGUUUUGUACCUUUGCAAAGAUCUGAGCUGCUCUAAAGCCCUUGCUGAUGAAAAGGUUAUUAAAGGUCAUUGUGUAACUGCAUGCUGAGAUAAUAAAACGAAUUUGUCCUCAA